AUGCCUCAGACUCCGAUUCUCUCCGUCCUCCCCACUCGGAGUCUGGUCGACGAGAAGUUCAAGGUUUUGGUGGAGAAUCUGCCUCCAGGAAGUCCGGUAACCGUUCGCUCCCUCCACCACUCUGAGGACAACCACGACUGGGAGGCCUUCGGGUUCUACGUCAGCGACCAUGGAGGAACCGUCAACGUGUCAGAAGAUAUGAGUUUUGGAGGCACAUACACUGGACAAGAGCCCAUGGGUUUGCUGUGGAGUAUGUGCCCUGUCCCAGGCAGCCGCGAAGGCCUCAGGUUAAGGAAGAAGAACGUGAGCAGCCCCAUGCUGGUCAACAUCUCGAUCCACAGUGGACACGAGGGCUUCAGGGAUCGAGCUCCUCUGGCCUCGGUGCUCGUAGAGAGAUGGUACAUGGCUCCAGGUGUCCAGAGGAUCGAUAUCAGAGAGAAGGAAGUGCGAGGGACUCUGUUUAUACCUCCAGGUCCAGGACCCUUCCCCGGGAUUCUGGACCUUUGGGGAGGUGGUGGAGGGCUGAUAGAGUAUCGCUCUGCUUUGUUGGCGUCCCAUGGUUUUGCUUCGAUGUCGCUGGACUUCUUGGGUUGCGAAUUGCCAGAGUUCAGCCAUUCUGAGACUGCAUUUAAUAUCAUCAAGGACCAUCCUCAAGUGAUUGAAGACAGAGUUGGAGUCUUUGGGCUUUGCCUUGGUUCACUUGUGGCCCUCAACUUAGCAGCAGACAGCACUGUUGUCAAGCCUCGUUGUGCUGUUUGCAUCAGCAGCUUCACAACUUAUCCGAAGGAGAAGCUUCUUGCAUUGUACCCUGACGAAAUUACAAAACGUUUGGACAAGCUAUCUUGGGACGAGAACAAUCAUGAGAUUUGGAAAGGUAUUGGUCUGGCACUUCUUGAUGUCGAUCCCUCAGAGAAAGUGAACAUGGGAAACUUAAAGUCUCCGGUGUUGUUGAUCACUGGCUGUGAUGAUCAGAACUUGUCUUCAUUUGAAGCAGCUGAAGAUAUAGCCCGGAUGAUGUGUGAAGCCGGGAAUGAACACCUGCUGAGCAGAUUGGAGUAUCCUGGUGCCGGACAUCUGAUUGAACCGCCCUUCUCACCUCAUUUCAGGGCUACUCAAUUUAUGACCAGCGAUAGAGGGAAAGUGGUGAUGCUGUGGGGAGGUCACACCAAACCUCAUGCGGACGCUCAGGAGGACUCCUGGAGGAAGAUCUUGAGCUUUCUGCAGCAGCAUCUGUACUGCCGCCACAAGAGUCAGUAA